AUGCUAAUAGACCCCCACUGCAUUCUGCAGGCCCAAACCCCUCAACAACGCCGCGCAAAUGAGCGCUACGCCAAACUCGAGGCUGCAAAGCGCGGCAAGCCAGACACAGGCAUCAAGACAAAACCAAAGAAAUCGCCUAUACCAGUGGGUUGGGUUGUUGUCCUCGCCUUCGUCGUGUGUGGUGGUAUGCUCUUUGAACUGCUCGGAGUUGUCCCUGAGCUGUGGGGGGCUAUUUCAGCGUUUUUGACUAAGCGGACGAGUUAA